AUGCUGAGGCUGGGUAUCAUGUUCAUCUGCCUUUUGCAGGGGGUGAGAACAGAUCCCCAGGAGACGUGUCCAGUGUUCACAGCUCUGGGCAUCGGCAGCGCCUUGACAGGGACAGAGCUGAAGGUGAAGCUGCUGCUCUACACCAGGCAGAACCCAGUCUGUGCUGAAGAGCUCCACUCAGCAGCCUCCAAACACCUGGAUGUGACCAAGAAAACCACCUUCAUCAUCCACGGGUACCGGUUCACGGGCUCUGCCCCAGUCUGGAUCCCUGAGCUGGUGCAGCUUCUGCUCUUUGUAGAGGACAUGAACGUAAUCGUCGUGGACUGGAACCAGGGGGCAACAACUCUCAACUACAGCAAGGCCUCCAGAAACUGCAAGAGAGUUGCUGAGGUCCUGAAGGAGCUUAUUGAUGAGAUGGUGGCUGCCGGGGGGGCCCCGGGCUCCGUGCACAUGGUGGGGAUGAGCCUGGGCGCCCACAUCUCGGGCUUCGUGGGGCAGAUGUUCGGCGGGACCCUGGGCAGGAUCACAGGGCUGGACCCCGCGGGGCCCCUGUACCGGGGCCAGGCCCCUGACGAGAGGCUGGACCCCUCGGACGCCCAGUUUGUCGAUGUCAUCCACUCCGACACCGACGGACUAGGUUACCAAGAAGCACUUGGCCACAUUGACUUCUACCCCAACGGAGGCACCGAUCAGCCUGGCUGCCCCCUGACAGUGUUUGCUGGACUGUGGUAUUUCAAGUGUGACCACCAGAGGUCUGUCCUGCUGUUCAUGGCCAGCCUGAGGCAGAGCUGCAACAUCACUGCCUACCCGUGUGACUCCUACAGAAGUUACAGGAAUGGCAAAUGUACCAGCUGUGAAACUUUCUGGCCUCUGCCCUGCCCCAUCCUAGGUUAUUACGCCCACGAGUGGAAAAGCUACUUAACACAGCAGAGCCACCCAGGGACAAGUAUGUUUUUUGACACCACGGACAAAGAGCCAUUUUGUGUUUAUCACUACUUUGUGGAUAUCAUUACAUGGAACAAAUACACCAGAAGAGGCACCUUCAGCAUUGUACUGGCUGAUGAAACUGGGAAGAAGGCAGAAUCCAAAGUUCAUCCAGAAGCUGCAGCCUUUCAGCAGUACAACCAAAUCACUUUGCUAAUUGGAUUCAACCAGGAUUUUGAGAAGGUAAAACAAAUUUCCUUGACAUUUUCCACGGGAUCUGUCAUUGGCCCAAAAUUCAAGCUGAGGAUUCUUCAAAUGAGGUUCCGGUCACUUACAAACCCAGAAAGGGCGGAGCUGUGCAGGUACGACCUGGUCCUGCUGGAGGGCAGCACCACCACCUUCCAGCCCAUCCCGUGCCGGGGCAGGAGCUGA